CUCUCCUCAGUCGUCCGAACAACAGCUCAGCAGCACCGACUCCUUCGACCGGCUGCCCACCCGGUUGCCCGCGUACGGACUUCACGCACACGCCCGCUGUGCCGCGCGUCGUCGUCGUCUUCCGUCCGCAUAUUCUUCGUAUCUAUUUUUAUGUUUCCAUUACUCUCUUCCCCGGCUUCAAUUUACAACACAACGCAUAAUAUAUUAUAAUUUAUAAUUGGCUAUACUUAUAUGCAAUACAUAAAUUCCGUUACUAUCAUAUACCUAUAGCAGGUGCCACCAUACAUAUAUGUAAUACAACCCCUUCAAAUAGGUAUUUUCUUAUUCGGUUCCUACUUCAUUUGUUUUUUCUCGUCACCCGAAUACGUUUUGAAUGAAGAACGCACGUCAAGAUAGUGUAUCUCAUUACCAGAGAUUGCUCGAAGUCACAGGAGUCAUCCAAAUAUCUUAUCAAAGGCGGCUGAUUCUAGUGAUCUAAACUCACAACAAUUGCCGGUCCCGAUCGUCGUUUCCUAUUUCGAUGGGUUGAGACGAAUAGUAACGAGUUUCCAGAGCCUGAAAACCUAGCUAUAAUAGUUGGUUCAAAGGCCGAAGGAGACAUAAUACAUUGGAGAUUUUUUGAGAAGGAAAAUUAAUUUAUUCUAGUCAAAUCGCAAGGUUUGAACUUAAGCCAAAUUUUGAAAAAUAAAAUUUGGCAACCGAAUUAGUUUGAUUACCCGAAGAAAUAGACUUUACUUUCUACCAUAGAUACAGAAAUGUUGAAAGUUGUAGGAGCAUCAUGGGCUCAAACCCAACUGUCGUGGUGUUUGAUUAUUGCAAUUACUUUGUUGGGUUUGCUAGCAUUUUAUUUUGGAGGAACGAUCAGAAAUGAGUAUGAUGGUAAAUAUGCCGCAACAGCCUUUUGGAGCAAAGAAUUUGGAAUGAGAAUUGAUUUCUGUGGCCAAAAUAACGACCCGCUUACAGUUAGAAAAGGAGUGGCAAGAGCUUAUUAUAGACCAGAUUUAUCUGAAAACGGAUGGGCAGUUUUAGAAGUGGAGACUCAGGCGGAAUACCCGGACUACGUACAAGCUAAGGCUGCUGGAUAUUUGGAAGGAAGUUUGACAUGGAGGAUGAUUUAUUGGCACUGGAAGAACACAGUGGAAAACACAUGUAUCGGGAGAAGGAACUUCUGUGAACGAAUAAGAAAGUAUUUAGAAGAAAAUGCUGAAGAAAUCAAACGAAUGGCAAAACGACGAGGCGAAUCAGACCCAUUUUGGCACCAAGUUAACAUGUUUUACACGCAAUUGAAAGCAUUGGAGGAUGGUUGGCGAUUUGGUGUAAAAAGAAGUAGACAAGACAUUGACAUACCAUCUGUGGACUUCUUGUGGAUGAACAUAAUGCCGGAUUUAAAAAACUUUGAACAAAAAUGGAACGCAUCAAAAGAUUUUAAUCCAGAUAAGCCACCAUUAUCUGCUACAUUGGUAAAAAUUAUCAGCACUAACCCAAUUGACUUUGUAUUAGCUCAAUCUGCAUCUGGAUAUUACGGGUCAAUGUUGCGCAUACAGAAACGCUACAAUUUUGGUUUCCAUGAAACUCAAAGCGACGAUAGUGCGCUUGUUAAUGGAAAGAUAGUUGAGUUUACGUCGUAUCCUGGAUCAAUUUAUUCUCAAGAUGACUUUUAUAAGGUCAUCAAGAAAGGUUCUAAGACGGAGACUACUGUUGUAGGGACAGAAUUACAAAAUAACAACAGACAACUCUGGGAAAAGAUAAUGAAGACCGAUCAAGUCCUGUUGGGUGCAAGAAUCAUGGCGGCCAAUCGUUUAGCGAGUAACAGUAAGAAAUGGUAUGAGGUGUUUUCGAGAAACAAUAGCGGCACCGGAAACAAACAGUGGCUGGUCAUCAGCACAAAUAGCACAUCAAUUGCAUUUGGAGUCAUCGAACAAAUGCCCGGCAUUGUUAGCUACGAAGAACUUUCAAAAACACUUUUGUCCACCGGUUAUUGGGUCAGCAAUAGUAAUCCGUGUCUCAAGGAAACUGUUUACAUGUCGGGCGCUGACGGACGGGACGCUGCUGAUCACCCGGUGGCAAACAUACUGCGCAGCGGACAGCUGAACGUCACCGACAUUGGAACGCUUGUGGACCUGAUGCGGGGCACCGAAAUGUCACUGAUCGGCCGAACAGACCUGCUGGGCGUCAAGACCAACGCCAUGUUCCGCCGGUUCGCCAAUCAGUCGUUUGUGGAACAGCUGACCGCAGCCAACCGGCUCCAGUCGGCCGACGCCACGGCGCCGCUAAAAGACGACCGGACGACGAUCGUCACGAACCGGCUACCGUCGUCCGCGGCGUCCGACGACAAGUUGGACGUGGACAAGUGCUUCACGGGAACGGUGGACCUAAAGGUCACUUCGGCGAACAUGAACGGUUACUACGCGGCCUCCGGGCCACCGUUCACCAUGGACCGCUCCGAGGUCGAACCGUUCCGGUGGUCCGAGAGCCCAAUCAGGCACUUGCCGCAUUACGGGCACCCGGAUGUCUGGGACUUCGAAGUGGAGGGCGUCGUUUGGGUUUGGAAAUGAUGACUGGAGAUCUUGCAUGCGUAUCGCAAUACUAUAAUAUUAUACUACCCGUGU